GUGGCUCUUACGGCCACAGCAGGACUCAGUUCAGUGGCUGAACACGAAGACGCACUCCUCACACAUUUGUUCCAGGGUUACCAGAAAUGGGUUCGCCCUGUGUUGAAUUCCAGUGACGUCAUAAAAGUAUAUUUUGGAUUAAAGAUAUCUCAGCUUGUGGAUGUGGAUGAAAAGAAUCAGCUGAUGACAACGAACGUGUGGCUGAAGCAGGAAUGGACAGACCAAAAAUUACAAUGGAAUCCCGAAGAAUAUGGUGGAAUUAAUUCGAUAAAGGUUCCAUCGGAAUCGCUCUGGCUACCCGACAUAGUUCUCUUUGAAAAUGCUGAUGGACGUUUUGAAGGCUCCCUCAUGACCAAGGCCAUUGUGAAAUCCAGUGGGACCGUCAGUUGGACUCCUCCUGCCAGCUACAAAAGUUCCUGCACCAUGGAUGUGACGUUUUUCCCGUUUGACAGGCAGAACUGCUCAAUGAAGUUUGGGUCCUGGACUUACGAUAGCACCAUGGUUGACCUCAUUCUGAUCAAUGAAAACGUUGACCGGAAAGACUUUUUCGAUAACGGAGAGUGGGAGAUACUCAAUGCAAAGGGGAUGAAAGGCAACAGAAGAGAAGGCUUUUACUCCUAUCCGUUUGUCACCUACUCGUUUGUUCUGAGGCGCUUGCCGCUGUUUUACACCCUCUUUUUGAUAAUCCCCUGCCUGGGGCUGUCUUUUCUCACGGUCCUGGUGUUCUACCUACCUUCCGAUGAAGGGGAAAAGCUCUCUUUAUCCACCUCGGUUUUGGUCUCGUUGACAGUGUUUCUUUUAGUAAUUGAAGAAAUAAUCCCGUCUUCCUCGAAAGUCAUCCCUCUCAUCGGCGAGUACCUCCUGUUCAUUAUGAUCUUUGUCACGCUGUCUAUCAUUGUCACGGUUUUUGUAAUUAAUGUCCACCACAGAUCUUCCUCAACAUACCAUCCCAUGGCGCCCUGGGUGAAGAGGCUGUUUCUGCAAAGACUCCCAAGAUGGCUUUGCAUGAAGGACCCCAUGGACCGCUUCUCUUUCCCCGAAGGGAAGGAGAGCGAGGCCGCCACGAGGGGGAAAGUCCCAGGGAAAAAGAAGCAGACGCCAACCACUGAUGGAGAAAGAGUUCUGGUCGCUUUCCUGGAGAAGGCCUCCGAGUCCAUCCGAUACAUUUCGAGGCACGUGAAGAAGGAACACUUCAUCAGCCAGGUAGUGCAAGACUGGAAAUUUGUGGCUCAGGUUCUCGACCGCAUCUUCUUGUGGCUCUUUCUGAUGGCUUCCGUUUUGGGCUCCAUCCUGAUUUUUAUCCCAGCCUUGAAGAUGUGGAUACAUCAUUUCCAUUAG